AUGGCCAGCACUCAUCCCUUCCAGGACAAAGUGAUUGCCGUCACUGGCGCAAGUCGAGGAACCGGUUUGGCCCUGACGCGAUACCUUCUAGUCCGUGGCGCCAAGGUUUCCAUGGCGGCCACGUCCGAGCCGAACCUGGCGGCGGCGGUCGAGGGGAUCGAGAAAGAUAUCCCCGAGGCCAAGGACCGCGUCAUGACAAUGCCAGUGGAUGUGACCAAGCCCGAGGAUGUCAAGAAGUGGAUAGGCGCUACCGUUGCGAAAUGGGGGCCUCUGGACGGAGCAGCCAAUGUUGCUGCCAAGAUGAACGCGCGGAUAUGGCCGAUAGAGACGCUCCCGGUCGAUGAGCUGCAGGAGAUGCUCAGCGUCAACGUGGUGGGCACCUUCAACUGCCUCAAGGAGGAGAUGAAGAACAUGAAGCGCGGCGGCAGCAUCGUCAACUGCGGCAGCCAGCAGGUCAAGUAUGCCUCGGGCAACAUGUCGGCCUACGCGGCAAGCAAGAACGCGGUCCGCGGCCUGUCGCAGUGUGCAGCUUUUGAAGGCGGCGCCAAGGGGAUCCGCGUGAACCUGCUCUGCCCCGGGUGCAUCGACACCGACAUGAUCCAGCAACCAUUGAUGCUCCCCAGCGGGCAGAUGUGGACCAUGACCGAGGAUGACAACCUCACAUCCAUCAUCAAGCGGUACGCCAAGCCGGACGAGAUUGCUGCCUCGAUCGCCUUCUUGCUCGGCGACGAGAGCAAGUUUGUGACUAAGCAGGAGUGGUAUGUUGACGGAGGUUGGUGCGAGGCAAACUACGUGGGCUGAGUCACGGUAUUGAGGUCAAAUUGAGCUAUUUUGGUAGCACAAAAUGAGUUCGAACUGGUGGUCGAGAACUGUAUGUAGAGGGUUAGUUAGGAUUCCAUCACCAG